GGAAAUCAGCGAAACAUGUUCAAGGAGCAGAAACAGCAGAUGAUAGAAAAAGCUCAAAGGAUGGCAAACAUGACUUAUGGGGUGAUCGCGAGAAGUUGCAACAAGCUCAUGAUAGGAAAAACAUUCUGGAAGAGCCUUGCUCUACCAUCCAUUUUGUAUGGUGCCAACAUAUUCUACAUAACGGAAGAAGAGGUAAAGAAACUGGAAAUGAUAGAAAACGGAGUAUAUCGACAGAUACUCGGUGCACCGAGAUAUACCGCCAACUGUGCCCUCCGGGGCGAAAUUGGAGCUUCGACGAUGAAAACAAGAGUUAUGAAAGGGCAUCUACAGUAUGUUAGAAGCACUCUUCAAGGAAAUAACCAACUAUUGAAGGAAGUAAUAGAAACUCAAUUAGAAGAGAAGAGUACGAAAUGGGCAAAAAUGAUCAACGCGCACCUAGAAACGCUAAACCUAAGCCAAAAAGACCUGAGAGACUUGAAGAAAGAAGAACUUAACCAAAAUAUGAUCAGGUGGGACGAUAAAAGAUGGAAAGAGGAAGUAGAGACCAAAACAAGUCUGAGGAUAUACAAGAGAUGGAAACUGAAGGUAAAAGAAGAUGAUGUAUAUGACAACACCCCACAAUCAAGAAUCCUCUUUCAAGCAAGAACGAACACUCUCCCUCUGAACUCUAGGAAGAGGUUUACAAAAGAGAAAACAAACUGUGUUCUGUGUGAUGAACAAAAUGAGGAUCUAAAACACUUCUUGUUGGAAUGUCCAAUAUUGAGUGAGAUUAGAGAGAAAUGUCCCGAACUGCAACAGCCAUACUGGGAAGAUAAAGAAGAAGUCAUUAUGAAAUUUCUAUUUGAUGAUAAUAGGAAACAUAUGGAAGAUAAGAAACAAAUUCUAUACAGCAUGUGGAAGUUAAGAUAUAGAAGGCAAAAAGAAAAAGAGCUCAAUACUAUCAUGCACCCCAUACCAACUCAUAGCGCGAUAGCUUAAGUACAGUUUAAAAGAAUAGGAGGAGCCGUUGCAAAGGCAAAUCCUCUAAACCAUCAUCAUCAUCAU